AAAAAGACUUUCUUUUCUCCUCGCGUUUUUUGUUUCUUUCAAAAUUCUUCAGAAUUGAAAAGUCUACCUGCCCUUCAUGGUAUUUAUAGUGAAAGGUGCAAUCUUUCUGAGUGCAUUAAACUUCAGAGUGUGUCUGCAAGCUAAGCAUUGUCCUCUUCCUCAUCCUCCGAAGAUUGGAUUUUGCAGAAGUACGUGUAAGGAAGCUCACUUUACUGCUACCUCACAAAUCAAUACAUGGCUAUUCUUCUUCCGUUCUUACAGAACAUUGUUUGAUUUUUUCACAAAUUAAUCGUUGUUUUCGGAAAAAAACAAAAUCAAAUCUUCCGUGCUCAAAUUGUCUACUUGAUUGGGAAAAAAACGCCAGGAUGACAGUCAGUUCACCGAAGUGUAAAAAAGGCAAAUUUGAAAUUAAGCUGCUGCCCAUUUGUUCCAGCAAGGUUGUUUCUGAAAAUUUAUUAGGCUUGAUCACUUCGGUGCUGCAAAAUGAUUAUCAAAAAACCGAAAUUUCAUGGAAAAACUUGAACUUGGGUGAUAAUAUGUUAAAAUCAACUCAUGUUGAUGCUGCAAGAGAUCAUAUAAGACUUCCUGAGUCAGUUUCCCCUCAUCCAAUUCGCAAGAUGCACUCUGCAGCUGUGAAGUUACAGAAGGUGUACAAAAGUUACAGGACUCGAAGAAAUUUGGCAGAUUGUGCUGUUGUCGUUGAGGAAUUGUGGUGGAAGGCAUUGGAUUUUGCAUCUCUUAAGCACAGUUCAAUAUCGUUCUUCAAAGAUGACAAGCCCGAAACGGCAGUUUCGCGGUGGGCGAGAGCUCGGACGAGAGCUGCUAAAGUUGGUAAGGGGUUGUCUAAGUGUAAUAAAGCUCAAAAACUAGCACUACAACACUGGCUUGAAGCUAUUGAUCCACGCCAUAGAUAUGGGCAUAAUUUGCAUCUUUAUUAUGAUGUCUGGUUUGAAAGUGAGAGCACACAGCCAUUUUUCUAUUGGCUUGACAUUGGAUAUGGUAAAGAAGUUAAUCUUGAGAAAUGCCCAAGAAGCACCCUUCAGCAGCAGUGCAUCAAAUAUCUCGGGCCGAGAGAGAGGGAGGCAUAUGAAGUUAUAAUUAGUGAUGGAAAACUUGUCUACAAACAUGCCAAUUCACCCGUGCACACUUCUGAUGUUGCUAAAUGGAUUUUUGUUUUGAGCACCAACAGAGCUUUCUAUGUGGGUGAGAAGAAAAAGGGUACAUUUCAGCACUCAAGUUUCUUAUCCGGAGCAGCUAUAACAGCUGCAGGAAGACUGGUUGUCAAAGAUGGGUUUUUGAAGGCAAUCUGGCCGUACAGUGGCCAUUACCUCCCAACAGAAGAAAAUUUCAAAGAGUUCAUCAAUUACUUGCAGGAUAACAAUGUUGAUCUCACCAAUGUUGUGAGAUAUUCAGUCGAUGAGGACGAACAUUCCUCUUCGCUUAAGAAAUCAAAGAGCGAGGAGGCAUUGGAAGCAACACUCGAAGAAGAUUCAGAGAAAAAGAAUCGAAAUUUGACCGAGUCUGAUGAACUGAGUGAUGCUGAGGACACAGAAGAAGAUAAAGAGACUCAGAAGAAUGAAUUUAAGAUGGAAAAUGAUGCCGGAAAGGUUUCUUCGAUUGAGUUUACUAAACCCAUUUCACAGAAAUGGACGACGGGUCUCGGCCCACGCAUCAGUUGCAUGCGGGAUUAUCCAUCGGAUCUCCAAUUUCAGGCACUUGAGAAGGUUAAUCUUUCACCAAAGUUGGCUAUUUCUCCGAGUUGGGGUAAGGAUCCUAUCCCCUCUCCCAGGCCAAGGCCUAGUGUGAGAAUUUCUCCUAAGCUGGCGUUAAUGGGAGUUCCAAGUCCUAAAAGUAGGCUGGUGCGCUUCCAAAACCAGAGAGGAGAGAAUUUGAAUUCAUUUUAA